AUGGCACAAACUGCGCCACAGAGUCUGCCGGACCUUUUAGGAUCCCUUACGCAGUCUCUCAAUACCGCAUUUGAAGUCACCCCAAAGCUUGUCGGUAUUGAACCCACCACUCUGGGCAUCUCUUUGCUGGACCUCAAGAAUGAGCUUCUGCUGUCUUACCUGCAGAACCUCGUGUUCCUCAUCCUGCUCAAGACCCGGAGCGCAAAGAAGUCCGGUGACCGAGAGGACGCUAAGGAGCUGAACGAUGCCGUCGUCAAAAAGCUAGUUGAGCUGCGGCUCUACCUGGAAAAGGGCGUCCGCCCUCUCGAGGACAAGCUGCGCUACCAGAUUGAGAAGCUGAUGCGCGCCAUUGACGACGCGGAGCGCCAGGAGAAAGCCGCAGAGGAGGCUGGAAUUUCCAAAAAGAAGGCCGAGUCUGGCGCAGACUCAGAAUCCGAAUCCGACUCCGGGGAUGAUGGCGAGUCCAGCGACGACGAGGAGGGUGGAGUGUCCAUGUCAGCGGAGCUGAGCAAUGCCCGACCGAACCUUAAGUCCAUCGCUGCACUCAACGGUGACGACGACAACGCCAGCAGAGGCAAGAUCAGCAAGGACGGCAUCUACCGUCCGCCCAAGAUUGCCCCGACCGUGAUGCCGACCCUAGUGGAGCGCCGCGAGCGGACCGACCGCAGCCAGAGGCCGCUCAAGUCUGCCACCAUGGAUGAGUUCAUCAACGACGAGCUUUCCACCGCACCUGUCGCUCAGCCCAGCAUCGGUACCAACAUUGCCGGUCGCGGUCGUCACGUAAAGACGGCCGCGGAGCGACGCGACGAGGCCGAGCGCCAGGCGUACGAGGAGACGCACUUUGUCCGCCUGCCGAAGGAGAGCAAAAAGGACCGGGCCAAGGCCGCCAGUCAGGGAUCUGGACGCAUGAACUUUGGCGGAGAGGAGUGGAGGGGUCUUGGAGAGGGCGUCGACCGAAUCAACAGGCUCGUCAAGAGCAAAGACAAUGGGGGUGGUUCUAGGACUAGGGCAUUGCUCGAGAAGAGCCGCAAGCGGUCGCUGGGCGAGACUACCGACGGGCCGAGGGGAAGUGGUGUUGCUGGUGCCGAGGAGAGGUAUCAGAAGCGCGCCAAGAUGCAAGAGCUUGGCCGUACGAGCAGAGGCAAGGGGCGAUGA